AGCUCAUUUUUUCACGCGCUCUCUCAUUUCGACUUGGUUCUCUAGAAGGGAAACAAAACACGCCCCAGAGGAAUCUCUCAGUCUCACUCUAGGGUUGGGGAUAUUCCUAAUCCGGAUAGCGUUAUCCCCAUUUUGGAAUCAAGAUGGGCGCGAAUUCGUUAUCCACCGACUCCACCACCGAUCUGGACGAGCAGAUCACGCAGCUCAUGCAGUGCAAGCCACUCUCCGAACAGCAGGUAAAAGCAUUAUGUGAGAAGGCUAAAGAGAUACUGAUGGACGAAAGCAAUGUCCAGCCUGUGAAAAGCCCUGUGACAAUUUGUGGCGAUAUUCAUGGGCAGUUUCAUGAUCUUGCAGAACUUUUUCAAAUUGGAGGGAAGUGUCCAGAUACCAACUACUUGUUUAUGGGAGAUUAUGUGGACCGUGGCUAUUACUCUGUUGAAACCGUCACACUGUUAGUGGCCCUUAAAGUACGUUAUCCUCAGCGGAUCACUAUUCUUAGAGGAAACCAUGAAAGUCGUCAGAUUACUCAGGUUUAUGGAUUUUAUGAUGAAUGUCUGCGGAAGUAUGGCAAUGCUAAUAUUUGGAAGAUUUUUACCGACCUUUUUGACUACUUUCCAUUGACUGCCUUGGUUGAGUCAGAAAUUUUCUGUCUGCAUGGUGGACUAUCACCUUCUAUUGAAACCCUUGAUAACAUCAGGAACUUUGACCGUGUUCAAGAGGUUCCUCAUGAAGGACCCAUGUGUGAUUUGUUAUGGUCUGACCCAGAUGAUAGAUGUGGCUGGGGUAUUUCACCUCGUGGUGCUGGAUAUACGUUUGGCCAGGACAUAUCCGAACAAUUUAAUCAUACAAACGACUUAAAGUUGAUUGCCAGAGCUCAUCAGUUGGUCAUGGAUGGAUUUAACUGGGCACAUGAACAAAAGGUGGUUACUAUUUUUAGUGCACCUAACUAUUGCUAUCGCUGUGGGAACAUGGCUUCUAUUUUGGAAGUUGACGAUUGCAAGGGCCACACAUUCAUCCAGUUUGAGCCAGCUCCUCGGAGAGGAGAACCAGAUGUUACCCGCAGAACGCCUGACUAUUUCCUGUGAAGCUGCCUUGCCAUACUGAUUCCAUUCCACUUCAUCUCCUCCCCUCUUUCGGCCACAGUCGCUCAAUCAUUGAUCCUUGUUCAACAGAUGCUGGCUGGGUUUGAAAUCUUAUAUUUUGUUUCUAGACCUGCUUCUCUGAUGAUUGUGUCGAAAGGGAAUGUAUAUUAGGGAGGUUAGAUACCCUUUUAAUGUGUCUUACUCUUGAAAAAGCUUUGUCGGAACUCUACUGGAGAGUUGCGUAGCUAAUCACUGAUCGUCAUUUAAGUGUUACAAUGUGCUGAAUAUGUAGAUAUUCUUAUUUAAUUAUGUACUUUCAACUUAUUAUUCUUUUUCCUGACCCCAUCUCAUUCGAUGACUUGGUAUCGGGAUAAAAGAAUUUGAUAUCUAGCCGGGUGCUUUACCUUUUUUUCUUAAUUUAUUCUUCCCUUUAUAUUUUAA